GGCCCAGCUCUCCACGACGGCAUCUACCGCCGGCACGGAGCAAUCCAGCAACAUGGCAGAAAAUGAUGUUGAGAUGACUGAAGAGGAGAUGCGAGUUUAUGAGGAAGAAGAAAAGAAGAAUGAGGAGCAUGAACGGAAUAAAAGGGAGAAAGAAGGGCAGGGUAAUGAUGGGCCAGCAAGGAGGCAAAUGGCGAAGAGAUCAGAGAUGUGGAAUCAUUUCAGCGAAGUGGUAAUUGGUGGUAUUCUGCGGAAAGGGAAGUGCAACUACUGCAAUCGUGAGAUCAAGGCCCAUCCAACAAUUAAUGGUACAUCUGCUUUGAAAAGUCAUUUUAAUACUUGCAAGUUUAAUCCUCACAACAAGAAAAAUGCGAAUCAAAGUAUUUUGCAAGUUAGCCAAGGGGAAACUCCUUUAGUAAGCAAAUUUGAUCCCGAAGCAAUAAGGAAAGCUAUUGCUGAAAUGAUUAUAGAAGAUGAGCUUCCCUUUGCAACAUCUGAAAAGUCAGGUUUCAGAAAAUUAAUGUCAAUAGCUUGUCCUCGUUUUUCUAUGCCAUCUAGAAGAACGACAACUAGGGAUGCGAUGGGUAUUUACUUUGAAGAGAAAGCGAAGCUAAAACUUUUUAUGAAACAAUCUUGCCAAAGAGCUUGUCUCACUACUGAUUGCUGGACAUCUCAACAACAAGAUGGUUAUAUGACAAUCACGGCACAUUUUAUUGAUGGUGAUUGGAAAUUGCACAAGAAGAUUAUUAGUUUUUGCAUGGUAAAGGGUCAUAAGGGAGAUGACAUUGGGAAAAACUUAGAGCAAUGUCUGAUGGAGUGGGGCAUAGAGAAGGUUAUGACAAUAACAGUUGAUAAUGCUAGCUCCAAUGAUGGUGGUAUUAGUUACAUGCGGAAGAAGUUGAACAAAUCAAAAACUAGCAUUGCUGAAGAAUGGGCUGACAGUAAUGAUUCUUUGCGCAAGGCAAUGGCGAAGAGAAUGCAAGAUAAGUAUGACAAGUAUUGGGGACGUUGGCACGAGAAGGAGGUUGAGAAUGAUAAUGAGAACGAAAAGGGAAAGGGGAAAGCGAAGGCGAAGGCGAAGAAAAAGGAAGAGGAGAACAUGAACUUGCUUAUCUUUGUUGCAUCCGCUCUUGAUCCAAGAUUCAAGUUGUCAAAUUACACAAAGUUAGUAAUUGGCGAGAUGUUUGGUGAGGUGAAUGGACCAAAAGUUUGGGAGGCAGUGAAUGCUUGUUUAAAAGCUUUGUUUGAAGAGUACAAAGCUAUCUAUGCUCCAACUAAUGUAGGUGACUCUCAGUUUCAAGAAAAUCAAAAAAGAGAAGGAAGAAGGAUGCAAUCUCGGAUCGCUAAGAAGUUAAGAGUUGGUGCUGAAGUUACCACGAGCAAAUCUGAACUUGAGAAAUAUCUUAUGGAAGAGAAUGAAGAGGACAACAUCAAGUUUGAUAUUCUAGCAUGGUGGAAGUUAAAUGCAUCUAGAUUUCCAGUAUUAGCAAGAUUGGCUCGUGAUGUCUUAGCAAUCCCGGUAUCAACGGUUGCAUCAGAAUCGGCAUUUAGCACAGGUGGACGUGUUCUAGAUGAUUUUAGGACCUCGCUUACUCCCUUCAUGGUUCAAGUUCUUGUUUGUAGCCAAGAUUGGCUAAGGCGUUCUACUCCUAUCAAUAUUGAAGAGGAUAUGGAGGAAUUAGAGAUCUUGGAAAAAGAAUUACUAGAAGAGUAUGCUAUCGCAAAGUCCGCCAAGUCGAAGACAUCACAAGCUAGCAAUACUUGUUCAACUUAA